AUGUCCAGAGAGAAUUCCUCAACCAAUUACAGGAGAAACCCACCUGGGAUUCUUCUGAUUAAGCGCGUUAGGAGAAACGAUUGGAGCUUGAAUACCUACAGGUACGUCGUUUUGUUGGUCACCUUCAUAGCCUACACCGCCUACCACGCUUCAAGAAAACCCAGCAGCAUAGUGAAGAGCGUUUUGAAUCCGCACCCGGAUGGCAAUUUCACGGCGCCACAACCCUGGCCCGCGGGCCCCAUCUUCAUCGAGAGGGAGGAGCCCAUAUCCUUAUUAGGGGCCGAGUUGGGGAAACGUAAGGGCUGGGCGCCGUUUGACGGAAAAGACGGGACUUCGAAAUUGGGCGCCAUUGAUUUGGCGUUCUUGGGCUGUUACGCCGUUGGGAUGUACGUUGCCGGCCAUUUGGGCGACAAAUUGGACCUCCGGCUGUUCCUCACCGCCGGUAUGGUAGGCAGCGGGGUUUUUGUUGCCCUUUUUGGAAUGGGCUAUUUCUGGGAUGUUCAUAAUUUUGCCUUUUACCUAGCGAUGCAGAUGGCCGCCGGUUUAUUCCAGGCCACCGGCUGGCCUUCGGUAGUGGCUGUUAUCGGAAAUUGGUUCGGAAAAAGGAAAAGGGGCUUAAUAAUGGGCAUUUGGAAUGCACAUACAUCGAUCGGAAAUAUUACAGGCUCUUUGCUUGCCGCGAGUGUUUUGCAGUACGGGUGGGGAUGGUCUUUUAUCCUCCCGGGCUCGUUUAUUUUCCUUAGCGGGAUAAUUGUGUACAUUUUCUUAGCUGCUUAUCCGGAAGAUGUUGGAUUCUCGAGCCCGAAUGGGUAUACUGGCGUAAGUGUCGUUUUGAAUGAUGAAGAAGCUCAGAAAACAGGGGAGUGUUUGGUUGGGAAUGGGGAGAGGGCCUCGGGGAAUAGGAAAAGUGUUGGACUAUUUAAGGCUUGUUUGAUACCUGGAGUUAUUCCAUUUGCUCUCUGUCUUUUUUUCGCGAAGCUGGUUGCUUACACGUUCUUGUAUUGGUUGCCUUUCUACCUUAGCCGAACAGCUAUUGAAGGAGAGUACAUGUCAGUAAAAUCUGCCGGAAAUCUCUCGACUCUAUUCGAUGUGGGAGGAAUAAUCGGUGGAAUUCUGGCCGGUUAUAUAUCCGACAAACUUCGGGCCCGGGCUGCAACUGCUGCAACCUUCGUAUAUUCCGCAAUCCCUGCUAUGCUUCUUUACCGAAAAUACGGAAGUGUGUCUAAAACGAGCAAUGUUGUUCUUAUGAUGAUAGCUGGAUUGUUCGUAAACGGGCCGUAUGCACUUAUCACAACUGCUGUCUCGGCUGAUCUCGGCACUCAUCGUUCGUUAAAAGGCGAUUCUCGAGCACUGGCAACUGUUACUGCAAUCAUUGAUGGCACUGGAUCAGUAGGUGCUGCUUUGGGUCCUCUCUUGACUGGAUUUUUAUCAUCGAAGGGUUGGGAUGAAGUCUUCUCUAUGCUCAUCAUUGGUGCUUUUGCUGCUGGGCUGCUUUUGACUCAUUUGGUUAUAGCUGAAAUAAAGGAGAAGUUUUUAAAACAGCCGUCUGGUGAACAAAAUGAUAAUCAUGCAGGUCUUUCAUCUCAGCCCCUGUUAGGUGACCAAAGGGAAUGA